GUGAUAAACAAUAUGGCGGAUACAAGUAAAUUGUCAAGAAUUAUUGGUGUGCUCUUUACAUUAGAUUAGACAUUAUCCAUUGGUGUGUAUGGGCCUAUUUUCUUUCAAUGUAAGUAGGUCUUAUUAUCUGUAAUCUAUUGGUAUUUUGGAAAAUAAUGAAUUCAUUUAAAGUCUUUAUUUUAUAAAUAGCCAGCGAUGUUUUAAUAAGUUUAGUAAAAAUAAAAGUUUUACUUAAAAAAAAAAGGAAUUAAAUUUGAGUCAUUAAACCGUCAAUCAUCAAUGAAAAUGGAUGGACAUCAAAAUUCAAUCAACUUUAUUUUUCUAAACUAACUCUGCUUAUUACAAAUUAAAUACUAAUACAUACUUAUAGUUUUUAAGUUAAUUUAUGAUUAAUUCAUACAUUCAUUAUAAAAUCUUUAAAAAUGCUAAUGCCAGCUUUACUGACUGGACUCUAGCAAUCAACUGUAUGACUACUAUGACACUAUUGAAAAAGGUUAGUUAGUUUUAUUCAAUAUACAGUCUUGCUGAAUAAAAAGUUGAAUUAUUGAAUUUUUAAAAGAUAAUUUAUUCAGCUAAGUUAAUUCAAAGUAGUCCUACUUAUUUGAAAAUACAUAACUUUUAAUGAAUUAAAUAUGAACACAAGGGGUCUCAUUGUAAAUAAGUGUCAACUAUAACUAAGUUACUAACUUAAGUACCAUUGUUUGAGAAUAUAUUUAUUAAGGCAGUAACGUAAUGAUCCAUUCAGUUCUGGGUACAUUUAGUUUUAUUGUUAAGUUAGCUUUGCAUAUAAAAUUAUUUAAAAAAUAUCUUUCUCUGAAAGGUGAUCAAAUUUUCAACAAAUCAUGCAAGCAUAUUCUAAGCCUUUGUCACUCUGGAGUCUUGUUGAACAAAUAGUUCCACCUCAUGAGCAUGGUGAGAUUAAAGAAAUGUUGGGCUCAUCACUUGUAGAGCAAAGCCUGGAACUUCAUUAUGAGGUAGAUUGUUUAUUUUCAGCAUGGACUUUUAAUAAUGAAUAACACAAUUUUAUUUCUAUGCUGAUGGUAUUGGCAGGGCAGGCACUAGGGGAUGGCGAAGUGGGCGACCGCAAACGUUUACGGGGCCUUGCACGUUGCUGUAGUAUAUUUAUAAUAUACCUAAGCCUACUAAUAGUACCUUAUCCAGUCAACACAAUAUUCGGAAACUAAGCGAGUGAAAAAAUAUCCGUUAUGAUGCAUCCCAUUAUGACCAGCAAGGCACCAGUAUGACUAUAACAUGUCUUUAUAUCCUUUCGGCGGAAUAUAUAACGUCAACGGCCUCGCAAAAUUCAAUUUAGGCCCUGGUAUUAGAUGUGUAGUAAGACACUUCACAUCAACUCUAUGUACUUUUUAUAUGUUUGCUAGAUGAUGGCAUUAUGUAUUUUUAAUUUUUAAAUGAUACAUAUGAAAGCCAUCAAUAUUUUUAAAGACUAUACUAGAUAUAAUUUUUCAUUUACUUGUUUAAGAAAUUUAAUUUUAUGCAAUGAGUGGUCUCAGUUCAUUCUGAUAAAUUCAAAAGAUUUCAAUGCUCUUGGAGAUUUGGAGGGAGAUGCGGGAUGAGCAGAAAGAAAAGACAUUGUCACCUAGAGGUCUACCUGAACCACCCAAUCAAAGAAAUAGACUUGUGCAAGAGAUUUGUUUCUUUGUUGAAAAUGUAAAGGAAAAAGCCAAACAGAAAGGAAUGUAAGUUAAAAUUAUCAAAAUGAAAAUAAUAUUUCCACUUGCUAAAAUCAUUGACAAACUAGUAUUUAAUAAAAGUUCUAUUAUUAGUUCUGUUGUAAUUGUUAACAGCAAAUUUGUUUAUUCUUUCAAGCUUAUUUGCUCGAUUUUAAAUUUCCAAGCUGAUAACCAAACAAUAAUAUACACUAAAUUCCUUAAUGGAAGAGUAUUUGGGCUCAUAAAAUAUGACAAUGAUCAUCUCUUCAAAGAUAUUUGAUUAUGAGCAAUAGCUAUACUAAAAGGCUGUCAUGUAGAGCAUAAAACAGAGCAACAAAAAUGUCAAAUUUAUUUUGUAUGCCUGAAAGGCUCAAAGUGAUGUAGAGCAGGUAGAUAUUCAUCAAAAUAUAUAAAUAUCUUGAAUAGCUCACAAAACAAGAAGGAUUCAUAUGAGGUUUAGGCCAAUGGUUUUAUUAGAUAUUCACUGAUAAUGGUCAUAUGGGAUAUUGAUAAGGGAUGUCCAUCUUUAUCACUUAUUGUAGAUUUAUGAUUUAAAUUUUAUAAUUUUUGUUUAUAGGGAUUAGUAUUAUUGUUUUAAUUAUUUAUACAAUUCCCUGUAGUUUAUAUUUGAUAAAAAGUCUUAGUGAUUACAUUUAUGGAAAAUAUAAAAUGAGGUUAUAAAACUUAAUUAACCCCUGAGGCACAUACACCAACCAUUUAUUUAAAAAAAGAUAUUUCAAAUAUAAAUUGUAAUUAAAGUUAUGAAAUAUUUCACGUCAUAACCUUUUUUCUGUUUUGUAUAUUAAAUUUAUAUGUUUUAUGAUUUCUCCGCAGUGAUCCUCAGCAUAUAUUGAAGAGGCAUAAUUCAGAUAUUAUCGAUUAUGCAACUGAAAUUUCAAGUUAGUACUUAUAUAAUAAUGGUAUAUUUCAGCUAAAUGUGGUGAAAAUGAUUAAACUUAUCCAAAAAAAAAGUGGAAUAGGCUGGGGUACCGCACUAUAUAAGACGUCUUAUUAUUAUUAUUAUUAAUAUAUUUAAUUAAGAUUUCAUAAAAGUAAAAAUGGCAGCUUAAUAAGAAAUUUUUAUAAGAAAUGAAGCAUUUUUUUGAGGUAACAAUUUUUCUGAACUAAAUUGAAUAAUCCUAUAAAUUAACAUAAUCACUUAAGUUAUUUUCAGUUAAUUAUGAAGAAGGUACAAUUAUUUGAUAGUAAUUUGUAAGCAAGUUCAACUGUUUUUCUAAAGUCAUGAUUUAAUGUCUUUUUUUGUGUUCACUCUUAGGGCCAGGCUCAGCUGUAAGUAGAACAUCCAGAUCAUCAGAUGGGAAGGAAACACCUAUGAUGAUGAUUUCUGCUGAAAGGUGAGCAUUUUUCCCUAUCAUUUGCUUUCAUUCAGUCUUUGACUGUGCUUAAGUCAAUGUCUAAGGAACCCCAAAUCUGUUUUUCGGCGGCUUCUUUUGGGGCUGUAUGCAGGUUCUGGUUUCUGGUCCAUUGAUAUCCUCUCUUUGAACUAUUCAAGUUCACUAGCUAUUGUUAGUUUUUCAUUAGGUACAACAAACUUCUGCUCUUAAUUCAAACAUUAAAUCCCCAAUUCAUUCACUUUAUGUAGCUACUUUCAAAUUAUGAUCUAAACAAAAGAGUAAAAACAACUUUAUGUGUGAAAUGCAUAUUUAUUAACCCUGGUUAGAAUUUUUUUGAUCUAUAUGAGUUGAAUUUAACAUAAAAUAGGUUGGAAAUAAUGAUGGCUCUGAUUCAUCUCUCAGCAAAGAUAGCUUGACAAAAUGUACUAAUAUAACACUGCAAUGUACGAGAUAAGUUUUUUUUAAAAGUACUACUUGUAUUUGCAACAUGUACAGUAAUUUUUAUUAUUUUUUAUGAUGAUUUUAUGUAUUAUAGUGGAAUUAUUUCUAUUGCUACAUCUUUUGAUAGAAUGAACCUGGCCUAUGAAAUCACAGAUGAAGUCGAGGCAGUUAAUAAACAACUCAACUAUAUGGACUUUGACAGAGUGUGUCGUAAUUUAAGGUAGUUAAAAAAAGUGUCACUUCUUAAACUUUAAAAAAACAUAUUGAUUCUAAUAAAGUAUGAGAUGAAUAUUUUUGAGUUGAAAUAUCUUUUAAAAGGGAUGUGGAGAUAUUAAUUUCAUAAAAUCUUUGGGUUGUAUAGUUUGAAUCAACACUAUUUUCUUAGAGUCUGAGUAAUGAAAAUUUCACUUGAUACAACUGUCAGUGUCAAUGUUGCCCUAAAAUGUUUGUUUUUUAAUCUUCCUUCUCCAUUUAAUUUUAUGAAGCAUUGACUAAGAAUAACUCCAUGGCAACCAGCCUUGUUGACCUCACAUGAUGGCCAUAAAAAUAAGAUCGUUGCACUAUAAACUCUUUUAAUGUCAUGAUUAUGUUUGCUAAUAUUUUUAUGUGCAGCACGGUGAGCCCAGCCUUAGGCUAGGUUACUGCGCUAUAAUAUAAGACCACUGUAAUAAUAAUAAAUAAUAAUAACUUGAAUACAUAUUUUUUUACUUAUAGUUAUACUUCGAUUUUAAAUUUUCCUUGUCUUUAUUUUAAAAUAUUUAUGUGUGCUAGAAGCUGAUUAUUUAUUUAAUUAUUCUCCUGUACCUUGAGGCAGUGGGGAUUUAAUUAUUCACCCUUAUUGUAUCUAGGAAUAGGAUACUUGAUUAAUAUAUACCCAAGCAAUCCUUCCAAGCACAGAAAUUCUCCACGAAACAAUUAUGCUUUAAAAAUGUGGAACAAAAUUUACUUUACACUUUAUAAGGGUGGGCUAUAGGAAUAAAUAAAUGAAGGAGAGUGAACGUAAUGGGCAUUUGAUAUUUAUAAUAAUCUUACCUUAUUAUCAAGCCAGCCUUUACAUAAACAUAUUGUUUCCAUUGAAAUCAUAGAUCAACUCUAGAGAAAGAACUUGAGCAAUUGCUGGAAGACAUUCAGUUUUUGCAAGGUUGUUUGGAUGCUGAGGCUGACAUAAGAGACUGUGUGACUCCACGACCCUCAACCAGGGAACCUACAUUGAUGGGUACAUUUGCUUUGUGAUGAAUAAUUGUGUUUGCUAAGAAUAAAAACUUAUUUUUAUGUAUAAGUUGAUAGGAAUGGGUAACUUUUACAAUUCCAUAAUUAAAUUAGUUACGAGAAAAAAAAGAAUGUUAACCGGUAUGUAAAAUUUCUUAAACUCAGUUGCAGGUAAUUAUUAAAUUGUUAUUUAUUGAAAAUAUAAAAAAAAUAUUCAAAAGCAUAUUUAAAAAUAUUUGUGUGAGCAUUAAAAACCCCUGAGCAUUAUCCAGAAGUUCUGCCAAUAGUUUUAAACAUUGAACAGCUCUCUGGUUUUGUGCCAUGCUUAGCUUGAAAUUAGAAUAGAGUACCGGUACCAUAAUUUUACAUUUCCCCCCCAAUUUUUUUUUAAAGUUCAUGAUUUUGUUUUUCUUUCCCUGUUUUGUGAGAACACAUGUGAAAAAUUCAAAGAUUUAGGAAAUAUUGAUUUGGGAUAUUUCUCUUUAAACCUGGGAAUUAUCAGCUAGCUGUUAUUAAAUAGGGUCCAUUUUUUUCACUGGUUUGUUUGAUAAAAUUCUUAAUUUACAUUUUUAAAGAAAUUAAAUUUAAUUAAAGAUUUAAACAAAAAAUGCCCCCCCCCCCCCACACCCUCCCCCUUUUAUUUUUGCGCCCCCACCUCUACAAUUUGCAAUGUUUGUUUUAAAAAAAUUAUAAUUUACAUUUUUAAAAACAUUAAAAUUAAUUAAAAAAUUAAAAAAAAAAUGCCCCCCCCCCCCCACACCCUCCCCCUUUUAUUUUUGCGCCCCCACCUCUACAAUUUGCAAAAAUGAGUUUUUUCAUAAAUUUUCAUUUAGAACUGAGAGAAGAGAGAUCAUUACUGGAAAAAGAACUCUUGGCCACAGGAAAUUUAACAGCAACUCCAUUUGUCAACAAACCUAAUUUCAAUAAAGAGCUGUAAGGCACUCAUUUUUAUUUAUUUAGGUUAUGAGAAUAUCAAGAUUAAGCAUUUUUGGAUUCGGGGGUAAUUAGAUUAAUGAUUUUUUAAAUAUUCUUGUUGCAGUUGAAUUCAGUUGACUUAAGAAGGUUCAACAAAGAAUUAGCAUUAAUUUAAUAACAAACUUUUAAGGUGAAUUAAAAAAAAAAAGUGAUUGAAUUUUGGCUAUUCCAGAUUGUAAUGAUAGUAUUGAUUGUUGGCUACUUGCAAGACUAAUAUUCAUCUCUCUCAUUCUCAGGGUGCUACCUCAGACUCCACCUAGUUCCAGUGACUCCUCCCCUCCAGUUAUGCCUGCGUUGGUCUUAAAAUGUUCCGACAUGAAACAUCUGCAUGAAAAUAUUCCGCCCAGCGACAGGCAGUCAUCACCUGUUUUAAAAGCAGGCCCCUUGAAAGCAUCACAUCAAAUUGUCCAUGCCGUUGCCAGCACUGCACCUGCCACACCUAAUGUUAAAUUAUUACCUUCCAAAUCCGUUGUUGCGGUGGGCCAGGUGCAGGCAACCCCUGUCAAACCCCGCCCACCAUUUGGCUCUCACAGUGAAGGAGACAUCAGAACUGUUACUGUACAAAAACGACCCAAUCACAUGCCACACAAUGAUCACUUGUCAUCUUUCACUGUGACUAAACCUCGUGACAUGGUCUUUCCCGGUGGUGCGCGGAGAAGAAACAUCAGUCCAGGAAGGCUGAGGGUCGUGGACCUGGCAAGCAUUGUAGAUAUCCAUUCGGGGAAAGGCGAGUCUGUCGGACUGCACGUAGACUCCUCGCCAACCUUUUCAUCAUCGUCAUCAUCAUCAGCCUCAUCGAUAUCCUUCACCACCUCCCCACCUACAGAUCUAUCGGACAGAGACACUGUGAUCCGACCCGGAAGUGCCCACGCUGACAGGUUCAGAAAGAUGGUGCAAGGAUGCAGAGAUGGGGAAUGAUAAAAAAAGCAGUCAGAAAUUAGUUUUUUGUUUGGUGUGGGUGAGGAGAUCAAGCGUCACUGAUAUAAACGGAUGUGCAUGAACUCCUGAAUAAACUCUGUGAUAAUAAUAGUUUGAAAAUUUUGUUAGUGACAACCAGUUGCAUAACAAAUGAUAUUUUUAAAAGAUACUUUUGAUUUUUUAAAGUUUGUCUCAUGUAAUUCACAAGAUGUUUUAAAGCCUGAAACCGUGAAGUCAUAUGAGUUUUUGUAAAGUGGAAGAGACAGUAAUUUACACAAUUUUUAUGAAAAAAAUGGCUUGUUAAACACUUUCUAUCCAGCACAAUAAAGAUUCUUGUGACAACUGACUUUGUAUGAGUGGUUAUGACUAAUAGACUAACAUGUGCAGUUUUUUUGUUAACACAUUUUUUUUUCUCCCCAGAAUUGUAGGAGUGGAAUAAUUUUUUUUAGAGUUAUCCUUUUCUAAAUUCAACUUGUGUCUCUUUAGUAAUGAAAAUAAAUGAUUUUUUUUGCAACUAAAUCGUCAGCAUUAAAUUUUAAGGUUUAAUUGUUUUUAGAUAUUUAAAGAAUUGAAUAUAUUUAACUUCGACAUUUAGUUGAAAUGGGAAAAAUUCUGUAACAAAUUCAUCUAAUAAUAUUUCUCUUUUAAAAAGUUUAGAUUGUAAAAAUAAAACUACACGUGGACCUUGGUCCAUUUUACUUUGGAAAAAAACAACAAAAUCAACAAAAAUAAUCAUAAUGUUUUAAGAGACCUGAAAAUUUUAAUCACUAAAAUUCUAAUUAAUUAUAUUUUUGAUAAUUCACAAAUACAAAAAAAAAUCCAACAAAAUACCACAUUGCAAACCCCUGAACCCCCACCCAUCAUAUGACACAUAUCCAUCCAUUAAAUCCUAAUCCUUUAAUCACUGCAUUUUCUCCAACACACUUCGCUUUU